AUGUCGGUUCACCACAAACCACCAGAAGAGUUCAUGGCUCCUUCUGGCAUCGGCCCUGAACUCGCGCUGCAGGGAUCGCGCUCGCAAAGCAUUCUGGGACGCCUGCUGCCGGCGCGACGCCCACCUUUAAAUGGCAACGCAGGCGCGUGUCGCUGUCGAACUCGGCGCAGGAAGAAACUGGUAGUUGUGUUGCUUCGUCGGGGCUUUGACGUGUUGCGUUUGCAGGGCGAGGAGUACGUCAUCCUCCACAAGCAGGACCAGCUGUGGUGGCGAGCGCAGGACAAACACGGGAACAAAGGCUUCAUCCCCAGCAACUACGUGACGGAGAAAAACCGGAUCGAGGCCAACUCGUGGUACUGCAAGAACAUCACCAGGACAGAAGCUGAGCAGCUGCUGAGACAAGAGGACAGAGAGGGCGGCUUCGUGGUGCGAGAGUCCAGUCAGAAGGGCGUCUACACCGUCUCCGUCUACACCAAAACCUUGAGCGCUACCGGAGACAUCAGACAUUACCAGAUCAAGAUCACCGACACCGGACAGUUCUUCUUGGCCGAGAAAUACACCUUCGGCUCCAUCCCCGACGUCAUCCGCUACCACGAGCACAACGCAGCAGGUUUGGUGACGAGGCUUCGCUACGCCGUGGGACCGAUGGGUCGGUGUGUCCCGGCCACCGCAGGAUUCAGCUUCGAGAAGUGGGAGAUCAACCCCAGCGAGCUGACCGUCAUGAAGGAGCUGGGCAGCGGCCAGUUCGGCCUGGUGAGGCUCGGGAAGUGGAGGGCUCAGCACAAGGUGGCCAUCAAGGCCAUCAGGGAGGGAGCCAUGUACGAGGAGGACUUCAUCGAGGAGGCCAAAGUCAUGAUGAAGCUCUGCCACCCCAAGCUGGUGCAGCUGUACGGCGUCUGCCUGCAGCAGCGCCCCCUGCUGAUCGUGGCCGAGUUCAUGGAGAACGGCUGCCUGCUCAACUUCCUGCGGCAGAAGGGCGGCGCUCUGAGGGAGGCGUGGCUGCUGUCCAUGUGCCAGGACGUGUGCGAGGGGAUGGAGUACCUGGAGGCCCACAGCUUCCUCCACCGAGACCUGGCUGCCAGGAACUGUCUGGUCAGUGAACACAACGUGGUGAAGGUCAGCGACUUUGGAAUGACCAGAUACGUUCUGGACAACCAGUACACCAGUUCCAACGGCGCCAAGUUCCCAGUGAAGUGGUCUCCUCCGGAAGUUCUCCACUACAGCAAAUACAGCAGCAAGUCCGACGUCUGGUCCUUCGGCGUGGUGAUGUGGGAGAUCUACUCGGAGGGUCGGACUCCGUUUGAGAACCGAUCCAACCUGGAGGUGGUCAACGACAUCACCAGGGGCGUCCGGCUGUACCGGCCGCAUCGAGCCUCCCAGUCGCUCUACGCCAUCAUGUACCGCUGCUGGCACGAGAAGCCUCUGGGCCGGCCGACGUUCUCUGAGCUCCUGGAGCAAAUCAGAAAACUGGCAGAAAAUCCAGAUUGACACACACACACACACACACACACACACAUAUUAAUAUAUUGCUGAGCUUCAGACUGUUCUAUCCUGAUACUAUGAAUGUACACAAGCUGUAUUUUGUCACUGUAAAUAAAUAUUUUUUAAUAAAAUCUA